ACGCGCCUCAGGACACAUAAGCGGAAGUGGCGCGCCGGCGCCGGCAAAACGAGCACCUUCGGGCGAAGCGACUGUGGCUGUGGAAAGUGCAGGAGUAACAGAGAAGGAAGAGGCAGAAAAAGAGGAGAUGCUUUGUGGGAUAUUCAGAAGAGAUGUUGAUAUUUUUGCACAUGUUUCAAAAGGAUAGUGCUGGAGUGGUCAGUUCCAUGUGUGGCCUAUUUCUACAGCUCGUGUGAUUAUCAGGAGUAAGGAUGUUAAAUGGUGGGAAGGAACAGAAUAAUGUUGAUGAAAUGAACGUGGCACAGCAAGCAGAAGAAAGACUGAAUGAAAAAGAGGAAACCAAUAAAGCUAACUGUGGAAGAACUGAAUGCAGCAAAAUAAGAACAAUGGAUCUCAAGUUCAACAACUCCAGGAAAUACAUCUCUAUCAGCAUGCCGCCCAAAACCCAAACAAUGUCACCCCACAUCAAGUCAGUUGAUGACAUUGUAGUGCUUGGCAUAAAUCUGAGCAAAUUUAACAAACUUACUCAGUUUUUCAUAUGCGUUGCUGGCGUUUUUGUAUUUUACCUAAUUUAUGGAUAUUUACAGGAAUUAAUAUUUUCAAUGGAGGGGUUUAAGCCUUAUGGCUGGUACCUGACUUUGAUGCAGUUUGCAUUUUACUCCAUAUUUGGCCUAAUAGAAUUUCAGCUUACUCAGGACAAAAGGAGAAGAAUACCAGGAAAAACCUACAUGAUAAUAGCUUUUCUAACUGUGGGUACUAUGGGGCUCUCAAACACUUCCUUGGGCUACCUGAAUUACCCUACCCAAGUCAUCUUCAAGUGCUGCAAACUGAUUCCUGUUAUGGUAGGAGGAGUUUUUAUCCAAGGAAAGCGGUACAAUAUGGUAGACGUGUCUGCUGCAUUAUGUAUGAGCCUGGGCCUGAUCUGGUUCACUCUUGCUGACAGCACAGUUGUACCAAACUUCAACCUGACAGGUGUGAUGCUCAUCUCGCUGGCCCUGUGUGCAGACGCUGUCAUUGGAAAUGUGCAAGAGAAAGCUAUGAAACUGCAUAACGCUUCCAAUUCUGAAAUGGUUUUGUACUCUUACUCAAUCGGUUUUGUGUACAUUUUAUUGGGAUUGACAUGCACUAGUGGAUUAGGCCCCGCAGUGACAUUUUGUUCAAAGAAUCCGAUUCGGACCUACGGUUAUGCAUUCUUUUUUUCCCUCACUGGGUACUUUGGAAUUUCUUUCGUUCUGGCAUUGAUUAAAAUUUUUGGUGCACUCCUUGCUGUAACAGUGACAACAGGAAGAAAAGCAAUGACCAUUGUACUUUCCUUUAUAUUCUUCGCUAAACCUUUCACAUUUCAGUAUGUGUGGUCUGGCUUGCUAGUUGUCCUGGGCAUAUUUCUCAACGUGUACAGUAAGAAUAUGGAUAAAAUAAGACUGCCGUCGCUGCGUGAGCUGGUAAACAAGGCAGUGGAAGUGAGGAAGACAAGGACGUUGGCACAGACAGUAUAAGCACUGACUUACCCUGUCUAAAAAACAGCUUGAAGGGAAACCGUUAGGUAACUUUCCAGGAGUGUGUCCCGAGCCCGAGGAUCCGAAGGCGAGCUACCUUUCCUGGAUAGAUUAUGUGUGAAAAGGUUUUGCAGCCCCAGCCUUUCUUCAGAGCACUUGUUUUACUCUUUGACUUCUAACAGUCAAAAGCUGCAUGUAGCACAGCUACGGCAAAAUGUCAGUGAGAAGGAUUUCCUGAGUGUCACUGGGCAGAGGCCCUGUUGCAAGACCAGUUGGAUAUCAUUAUGGCCCAUCAAAGACAGUGACAUGGAAUAACACAUUGUUUUGUCUACAUUCCAUUUUGCUGGUGUUAUUUGAAUUGAUUCUCUGUUAUAAGAGUAAAUUGAUGAUUUAAGUCUAGAGUGAAUAAUAUUCAUUAUAAAUAAAAUUAUCCUGUGAUAUUUUUAUGGAAUGUGUUAAUAAAAUUUUGUUAUAGAAGGA